GGAUGGCGGCGGGUGGGCGCCUGGCGCGCUGCGAGGGUCCGCGGCUCCCGCUCCUCCGGCUGGGGCUGCUGCUCGCCUGGGGGGCCGCCCUGGGGCCCGAGCCCGCCGGAGGGGCCGCGUCGGAGCCCGGACGCUGGAACCUGGCAGCCGCGGGGAACCAAACGAAGAACUUGUUUGUCUUGCCCAAAACAAUGUUUAAGGACACCCAGAUUAUCCUCAAAUUUGUGGAAAAGAACUGCGCCGCCCCCGAUUUGUCCCUGAACAUCACCUGGUACCUCCGCAGCUCCCAUUGCCACGACGAGGUCUACAUAGACGUUCCUCCUCUGCCCUCGCAGGAAACCAAGGCGGAGAACUACCUCAGCCUCUACGAGACGGAGGCCAGCGUCGCCGGAGGCGGACAGUACAUCUGGUACACGACCCUGGUUCCGUGCGGCCAGCUCAAUGAGCUGCACUUCCCAGAGCUGCCGAAGCCCCAGAAGCUGAAGCCUUUCAAGGAGCAAGGAAUGGAUAGUUCGCCCCAGUCGGGAGUGAAGAAGAGGGAGGCUCCCAAGGAGCCAGAGGCCAAAGAGGAGGCGGUGAGGAAGGAGGCCGGAGCCACACAAGACGGCAAGGAUGUUGCGAAGCCGACCACCGAGAAGGAAGACAAAGGGGCCGCGAAGAGCUCAGGGGCGAAGAAGCAGAAGUUAGAGGUUUCGACAGUCGCCGUGACCUGGGAGGACGGGCCUUACGUCUUCAUCCUCAGGAUCUUCAGCGACAAGACCCCGCAAGAUCUUCAGCGACAAGAUCCCAGCUGGGAGAUCAAAAUUGACGUGCAGAUGAAACACCCCGACCAGCAGUACAUCUCUGCCUCCGAGUGGCCUCUGAUGGUGUUCUACAUGGUGAUGUGCAUCGUCUACGUGCUUUAUGGGGUCCUCUGGCUAGUCCUGCUGGCUUGCUACUGGAGGGACAUCCUUCGCAUCCAGUUCUGGAUUGGCGGCGUCAUCCUCUUGGGAAUGCUGGAGAAGGCCGUCUUCUACGCCGAGUUCCAGAGCAUCCAGAGCCAAGGGAAGUCAGUUCAAGGGGCGGUGAUAUUUGCAGAGGUCCUCUGUGCCGUGAAGCGGAUGCUUGCCCGCGUCCUGGUCAUCAUCGCUAGCCUGGGAUACGGCAUCGUCAAGCCACGGCUGGGGGCUCUCUUGAAUCGGGUCGUGGGCGUGGGGCUGAUGUACUUGAUCUUCUCCAUCAUCGAGGGGGUCCUGCGGGUCAAAUCGGAGCAAACCAAAGCCGCCGCGCUCAUCUGUGAAAUUUUCCUGGCGUUUGUGGAUUCAUGUAUCGUCUGGUGGAUCCUCAUUAGCUUGGUGCAAACCAUGAAGCUGCUGAAACUGCGCCGGAACCUGGUAAAGCUCUCUCUCUACCGCCAUUUCACCAAUACGCUCAUCUUCGCCGUCAUCGCGUCUGUUAUCUUCAUUAUCUGGACAACUAAAACUUUCAGACUCGCCACAUGCCAGGCAGACUGGAGGGAGCUCUGGAUCGACGACGCUUUCUGGAGGUUCCUCUUCUCUAUCAUCCUUCUGGUGAUCAUGUUCCUCUGGAGACCCUCGGCCAAUAACCAAAGGUACGCCUUCAUGCCCUUGGUGGACGAAGGCAGCGAGCCGGAGGACGAGGACGAGGAGCCCAUGGUCAGCGAGGCCUUUGGGAUGAAGAUGAGAAGUUCAAAGCCGGAAGCCAAUGGGAUCCUCAAGGGCAGCAGAGUGGAUGAAGACUUGAAAUGGGUGGAAGAAAACAUCCCCUCCUCCAUGGCUGACGUCGUUCUCCCUCCUUUGUUGGAUUCCGAUGAGGAAAUAGUGACCACGAAAUUUGAAAUGUCCAAAAUGGAAUGAAGCCUGGAUCCGGCCGAGCCGCUCAGCCACACUCUUUCCCUGGUGGAUUUCGAACGGACGAAGAGUUGCUGAUGGUCGUCCUUUCCCCCUUUUUUCACAUGCAUA